UAGCUGUCUUCAUCGCCCACUACCUAAUGCGGGCAUUCCCACGACGUCUGAACCGCAAUUGUAACGCAUCCGGCCGAUUUGCGGCGUCGUGCAGGUAUACAGCGCUCCGGCCACCGAGAUGGCGCCGUUUGACAACGGCGAUCGACUGUUAUGAGGUCAUACGUGCCGAGGUGACAACAGUAGGUGAGGUGAUGAAAUAAUGAGCCCUACCCCUCCAACAUAUACCCCUCAUCUGCAGUUGAAAUCCUUCGCAUUCAAUCGAAAUCACAUUCGCAAAUCACAUCACACCCACAAUCAAAAUGGCACCUAAAGUUCUCUUCGUCCUCACGUCGCACAACAAGCUCGGCAGUCUCGACAAGCCGACCGGCUGGUACCUCCCUGAGCUCGCACAUCCCUACCACGUCCUCCACAACAAGACCGACAUCACCGUCGCCUCCCCCAAAGGCGGCGAGGCCCCUCUGGACCCCGCCUCCGUCGAAGCCGCUAAAGACGAUGUUUCGGUCAACUUCCUCAAGAACAACGAGUCCGUCUGGAAAAACACCCAGAAGCUCGACGACUUCAAGGGCAAAGCCGCCGACUUCGACGCCAUCUUCUACGUCGGCGGCCACGGGCCCAUGUUCGAUCUCGUCGACAGCCCCACCUCGCAGCAGCUGAUCCGCGAGUUCUGGGAGGCCGGCAAGAUUGUUAGCGCCGUGUGCCACGCGCCGGCUGUGUUCUACAAUGCCAAGCUGAGCGAUGGGAGUCUGCUUGUGGCGGGCAAGGAGAUUACGGCGUUUACGAAUGCCGAGGAGGAGCAGGCGGGGUUGACCGAUGCGGUGCCGUUCUUGCCUGAGGAUGCGCUGAACAAGGCGUCGGGCGGGAAGUUUGUCAAGGCGGCGGAGCCGUGGGGCGAGAAGUUGGUUGUGUCCGGGCGCUUGAUUACGGGGCAAAACCCGGCGAGUGCGACGGCGGUGGGUGAGGCAAUCGCUAAGGCGCUGGGUGUAUAGUGUAGUGUGUAAUAGCUAAUACAAAAAACGCAAUGACACAUAAGAUGUCAAAUUUAUAAGAUUACAUUGGAUAUCUCGAAAUAGAAAUAUACGAUAACUGUCUUGUGGUUGCAGUUAUCACGUGAAUAACAACGCAGGGGCUUGAUGGUACUCAAGGUACGAUGCGUGGCCAUGUUGUGUACGUGAAAGCAAAUCGCGGGUGGACUUAGAGGUCAGCGCAUCAGCAACGCGUCACCGUGAGAACCCAUCACGGAUCUCCACAA